AUGAACGCAGUCAAAAGCCGUCUAACGCAACGAUGUACUUACACUACCCUCCGCCACGCCAGUUCGUCCGCGAUCGAUCGUCUACACCUCGACAUCAACGCCGGCGCCUACCGCGACGAAUCGAACGCUCCCAAGGCAGCUCAUCAACAGACCAUCACUCGAUCCAAAGCCGCUACGAUCGGUCAGGCCACGCGUUGGGAUGUCGAUCUUCCUAUCGAAUUGGUCAGAGCCGUCGAUCAACUAGUGGACCGUAAGCUUCGACCGCAUCUGCGCCGGCUCCACACGAGCUCGAGUGGUAAAGCUGACGACGGCCGCCGCCCUCGUUCCCACGCCUACAGAAUACGAAGGCGAAAAGAGUUCGAUCCGGACAUCCGCCCUUGAACUCUACGAACGCCUUAGAUCGACCUCUUCCCUUCUCCCGAACCACGUCACCACCCCUUCCCCCUCUUACACCCCACUAAACUCCCUCGCCUACCUCUCAGGUCUCAUGCCCUCGGUCUACGCAGCGACCGUCCACGUCCUCGAAAUGACGCGCCAAAGGAUCGGUUGGCUAAAGGGGGGAGAAGGGGAGUGGGUUCCGAAUCGGGUCGUGGAAUUCGGGUCCGGAACGGGCAGUGGGGCUUGGGCCGCGAGGAGGGUUUGGAAGGAUUCCGAAGUGGAAGUUGAGUAUGUCGGGCUGGAUAAGGAUCGGUCGAUGGUCGAGUUGGGGAGUAGGAUCAUCGGAGCGUUACCGAAGAGGAUGGUCGAUUUGGAUUUGCAGUCGGACGAGACAGAAGUCACGGACGGCGGCGAGGAUCCUUCCCCGACGACGAUGACGACAACGAUGUCGGCCAAGAUGCACCAACUCGCGAUCCCCGCCUCGGUCUCUUCCUUUGCCCGACUAGGCAUACCCCUCAAUCCCAAGUCCCAAUCCUCCAAAUCAUGGAACCAGACACUGGUCCUCUCCUCUUUCUCCCUGGGCGACUUGAGCACUCGGGAAAAGAGGAAAGAAUUCGUUCGAUCGAUGUGGGAAACGGGGGCCAAGGUGAUCGUCAUUGUUGAAAGGGGGACGCCGAGGGGCAGUCGAAUCGUCAAGGAUGCGAGGGAACAGUUGUUGAUGUAUGGCGCUAGGGAUGCGGAGAAGAUCGUCAGUGAGGAGGGAUCGGAGAAGGACAUGGACAGCGGUUGCUUUGUCCUUGCUCCCGUGAGUCCACCAUUUUUGUCUUUGGCUUUGGUUCGAAGCCUGACCCCGAUCUCAUUCCACAGUGCGCUCAUGAUGGAGCAUGCCCUUUACACCAUUCGAUCAACAUGUUUUGUCACUUUGCUCAACGAGGUCAGUCGCGUGAUCAGUUCUCUUGGACUCCUCUCGUCGGCGGAAACUCAUCCCCGCGCGUCUCAUUCUUCUCAGUCCGAUCCCCCGCCUUUCAUCGCGCGACCAAGCAUUCGAACCAAGGACACGAGAUUGCUCGUUUCUCCUACGUCGUCAUCAAACGUGGAACACGACCUUCGACUCCUCCGCCCGCUCCACUCUUCACCAAAGACCUCCUCUCCACGUCCCUCGUGGCCGACUCGUCCCCCCCUGCCCCCACUACGCCCUCCACAUCAACCCGCUGGACCUGGCCACGCAUCAUCUCCCCCCCAUCCAAGCGAUCCGGCCACAUCAUCCUCGACGUCUGUUCACCCCCUUCUGCCCAGGAUCGUUCCUCCUCCGCCUCCUCCUCCUCCUCGGGGCAAAUCGAACGGCACAUCAUCCCCAAAUCCCAAGGUCGUCAAGCCUAUUACGAUGCGCGCAAAUCGUCCUGGGGCGACAGUUUCCCUCAUCCUCCCAAGAACGGAGCGGUUCCGAUCCAGAUCCAUUCCGAUGGUCUCAAGCUAGGUAAAACCAAGAAGGAACCAAGGACAGAAAAACAAGGUUGGAAGGAGAAGGGUCGAAAGGGGUGGAAGAGGAAGGAGAGGGAGGCUCAGGAGAUGCAGGAUUUCGGCGAAGUGUUGGGCGGCGAUGAAGCGGAUGGGACGGGGGUGAGGGAGUUUCAGUUGAAUUUGGGGGAGGACGAGAAACUUUAUCAGGUUUGA